AUGCGAACGAACUUUUGGGUCCUCCUAAAGCAAAGUAGACGCAAGCCUAAUUUGUGUUGCCCCAGCUGCAACAAACGUUACACCUCAUUAAAAUCCUUCGAAAAACACCAAAAAUCUUGUACGACUCAAGAAAAAUACCCCAAGGAGCCAUUAGAAUGCUCCAAUUGCCAACUGGAAUUUACCAGCAGAAGAAAACUGAAGCACCAUCAACAAUUCCACAGCUCGUUGACUCCGAUCCAGGAGGUCGGAUACGAACUGGACCCCAACUCGAACUGGUACACUUGCAAGGUGUGCUCCCAACGAUUCCUCAGCGAAACCGAGAUUGAAACCCACCUGAAAAUCCACAUCGCCCAAACCUACGCUUGCCCCAAGUGCCCCGACAACUUUCGCUCCCUGAAAGCCCUGUUUUUCCACAUGGAGAACCACUUGGAGGAGGGCAAGCUGCCAUGUCCCGUGUGCACCCAUAAAGCAUCCAAGAUCCAAUUCCUACUAAGCCACUUACGGUCCAGCCACAUGCAACCGAAAGCCUGCCAAGAGUGCGGGAAAAUUUUUACAAACAGUGCCAACAUGAAGAAGCACAUGCUGCGCCACGACGAGACCAAAAAGAAGAUCUGUCUGGUGUGCUCCAACGAGUACUUCGGCGAGAAAUCUCUGCUCAGACACCAGCAGUGCAUGCACAAGGCUGAUAUCCUCGCUGAUCCAUCGCUGCUUUGGUGCAACUUGUGCAAAACCGAGUUUAAAACGGCCAACUUACUCAAGUACCAUCAGGAUAAGGCCCACACCAAGACCACCACGAAGCCCACCAAGAAGAACUACCUCUGCGACACCUGCGGACAAGGAUUCAAAGACUCCGAUAAUCUGAAGAAGCACAAGAUAUCGCACACGGAGGACCGACCCUUCUUAUGUCUGGAAUGUGGCAAAGGGUUCAAGCACAAGUACGUGCUGACGUACCACCAAAGAACCCAUACUGGGGAACGACCUUAUUCCUGUGGCUACUGCGGAAAGAGCUUCAGGCAAUGGACACCGUACAAAGUGCAUUUGAGAGGGCACACCGGAGAGAGGCCCUACGUUUGUAAGAUUUGCCAGAAGGGAUUCACCACCAACCAGGGGCUGAAGAUCCAUAUCAAAGUCUGUUUGGAUAAUAAAGAGUGA